UUUAACCAACAUUUAGCUUCCGCUGUAGACUUGAUAUAAGCCUUAAGAACUUUGAUAUCCUCUUUGCCGGUCUGUGUUUCCACAAUGAAGGCAGGUUUUUUUCCAUCUCCUCUGUUACUAGGGGACUCUGAAUUACUGUCACUAUCUAGAUAAUCCAGUAUUGAAUUUGUAAAGAUUCAGUGUUAAGUAGAGAGUUUAAACUUGCCACAACCUAAUACACACUCAAUGGUUUAAGGACGCGCCCUGUUACGCUGCAACUUUUGGCGCCCUCGAGCAGGUAGCUGUCUGUUGUUGUGGUGGAGAGAGAGAGAGAGAGAGAGAUUUAUUGUCACUGAACCGUCGUACAAACAGUUAUUAUAAACAAUUUUCAUGCUUGAACAUAAAACCAUAUUUUAAAAAGUCUUCCAGGUUGUAGAACGCACAUUUUAAUAGUUCUUUCUUAAUUUUACUUUUAAAUUUUUUCAUGGGCAAGUCUCUAAUAAUACUUGGUAAAGUAUUAAAAAGUUUUGGGCCUAGGAAGAGUACAUCAUUUUGGCUGACAGAGAGGUGCACAAAGUUAUUAUAAAUUUUAGUAUUAUGUCUAGUUGGGUAGUUGUGUACAUCUUUUGACUUUUGAAAAGUAUUUUCAUGUUUUUAACAAAAUUUAGCAGUUGUUGAAUGGAAAUAGAGUACACAGUCAUAAUUUAGUAAUUUACAAAGUAUUGUUUACAACUAGUCCGUUGAUUAAUAGAGCAUAUAGCUCUGAUUGCUUUCUUUUGGGUUUAAAAAUAUCAAUCAUCGCUGUAGAGUUUCCCCAAAGCAAUGUGCCGUACGAUAAUUUAGAGUGAAACAUUCCAUAAUAAGUUACGAGAGCUGUUUGCUCGUCUGUUAAUGACAUAAUUCUUUUGACACCAAAAUUAGAUUGACAAAAAUUUGAUUUUAAUUCCUGAAGGUGGACGUCCCAUUAAGGUGUUGGUCUAAAAUUAUACCUAAGAAUAUUGCGCUGUUCACAUAUAGUUCUACAAAGUGUGAAUAAACAUUUUUUGAUAUUCUUUCGUUGGUUCGAAACUGUACAAUGUUUGUUUUUCCAUCAUUAUAAGGACAAGAUUAUUCAGAAGACACCAUUCUUUCAUUCGAUUAAAAGCUAGAGAGAGUGUGUGUGUCUGUGUGUGUAUUUCUGUUCACGGUUCGAUAUGCCAGGUUGAAAAUCGCAUUUUGCUGUUUCUAAAGCGAUUGAAAUCGAUACAUCCCUAGUAGCACAGAACUGUCGUACGACAGUCGGACAACAGUAGAAAAAAGAUACGAACUAUCGGUGCGAUAUACGAAAUGAGAAAAAUUAUUCUAUCGGUAUACUAUAUUUUUUCCUCAAAACGAAAAUCGUUACCGGCCAGCUAUCGUAAUGGAAGCGAAAAACCACUGUUGUGAUUCGAUCACGAAUUCAUAAGAAUACAGCAGAAUUGCAGAUGGUCUAAAUUUGAUAGACCAGCGACAAUCGUCUGACUAAGGAAAAGUCACCACUUUUGGAUUUUCGUUAGUGUCACAAUAAUUGGACGAUAGAUAAAAAUCACACUAUGUGCGACAGCGACAGUCUUGUGUUACUAGGGAAGUAAAGUUACUACAUCAAUUUUGAAGUAAGAGGGUAUAAGUUUUAUUUUUGAAAUCAGAGUCUUGCUUUAAAUGUCAAUGAACUCUAUGGGGAAUCCUCGUAAACGCAACAGCGUGCAAUAAAAAGAUUGACUAUCAUGAAAAGGCAGAAGCGAGGCAAAGCGACUAUCAUGAAAAGGAAGAAGGGAGAUAAAGACUCAACAUUAUUCUAUGUUUUGCUAUAUACGAACAAGUUUGAAGUAAAUUCAUGUGGUUCUCACUAUCCUGACCUAAAUUUGAAAGUCUUUAACAUUUGUGUCACUCCAUUUUCAUAAAACCGAAAUAAAAAAUAAAAAAAUAACCUUGUAUCCAACAUAUGAGAAUGUUUUAAAUUGCAAUGAUUUUCCAGAUCCGAUCCAUUUGGAGAGACCAGAGAUGUAUUGCAUGUGUCGCAAGCCAGCUGGCUCAAGAUUUAUGAUUGGUUGUGAUAACUGCGAUGAGUGGUUCCAUGGCAACUGUAUUGGGGUGUCCCCGAAGCAAAAACUGCCUGACAAAUGGUGCUGCCCCAAAUGUUUCUGUGAUAGCAAUGCCAAACGGAUCCUGCUGAACAGCUUCGCACAGUAGCUGAUCAAAUUUAUACUAGGGUAAAGUGCCCUAAUGUGGCCAGUGUCCAUUGAUGGCCACUUUUCUCGAUUUCCAGCCAAUCUGGUCACUUUACAAUCUUGGCCUUGAAGUGUGUUCUAGUAAGGUCCCUACUUGGGCGUAAUAAGCCAAACUACUUCACAUCGUUGUCUACAUUACAAGAAAAAGGGGUGGCCAUCAUUGGACAGGACCAUUCUUAAGGUGGCCAUCAUAGGGCAUUUUACCCUACUUGUACUAGUUCUUUGCAAAAUGAUUUUCUUCAGCACCAGAUCAAAAUCUAGAAUACUUAUAUAAAAUUUUUGUUUUAUUGAGAGGAAAAUAAAAACCUUGUGAAGGAAGUUGGUGUAAGUGACCUCUCAUUCAAUAAACGAGACUAUUCAGGUGUAUGUAAAUGAUUUGGAAUCGAAAGAGAAACAAAUUCAAGGUUUACAAAAUUAUGUCAAUGAUUAAGUAAGUAUGCACAUUAGAUUUUGUUGUGUGCACAUACGCUUUUCAUCUCCUACAAAUUUGUACCUUAAACCUUGUUUUAUAGCACACGUGGCAGUUACUGUCCUCUGAGGGCGCAAAGAAAUAGGAAUCAGAACCACCUAAAAACAAACAAUUUAAAGCUGUGUCUCAACCUAAUCCUUCAACGGUUAAUAUGAGUUUUCAAGUCUUGUGUAUAAGAUUGUAAGUUUGAAAGUACUAUAAUAUUCUAAUUCUAG